CUCAACGUGCUUGCCUCCCGUCAACGUCUACGCGUCGAUCCAACAUCACUAGCGUGAUCAUGCUUGAAGCCACGGCCAAGAUCGUUCGGGCUUUCUACUCCACAUACAUUACGCCCACAAUAUUGAUGCCGAAGGCAGACUACAGUAUUGCCCUGUCAUCUCCUACAUCUCUGCGAUGAUGUGAGUAUCGCUUAUCGUGACUCCACGGACUCAGUCAGGAAAGUUGGGGCAGCUCUCCGCCGACUGUGGCGCAGUACAGCAGCUGCUGCAUCCCGCAUGGCCUUGACUUCACCGGUCAAUGAGGAGGCUCUUACGAACAGCUUGAGCCUUGGGCAGGCGGGCGGCCUCGCGAGCUCCCCUCAACAAUCACCGAAUGUACUGCCAUAGGAAUGCAUUCGGUCUUGCUGUAGUAGUUCCAUCGUGUCAAGCGACUACUGGUAGCCAACCUCUCAACCAAGGUCUCUCGUACCCUUACAUUCCCCAUGGCAGCGACAGACCCCGAACCCAACUCCCUAGACACGCUCAUGGCGGAGCCCUCCUCGCCCUCCACCCUCCCACAAAACUACUCAUUGCACCUCAUCACCGAUGACGGUCUCCCCAAAUACGACGCCAUCAUCCCACCGCAACCCUUUGCCACCUCUUCCUCAGGUAGAUCCUUCGUCCUGACACUUUCCCACUGCGCACCAGGCAACAUCAACAAACGCAACAAAGUCCUCUCCGGCAAAACCAUCGAAAUCAUCACCGAAGCCAUCACACUCAUCCCAACUACCAGCUAUCGUCAACUAGUCCUACACUGCUUACAGCGCGUGGACAAGCGCUUCGAAAUCAAAGUCCAGCCGGGGUGUGGUCAGAAACUAGGAGGCGGGUUCGCGGUAUGUACGGGAGGUGAGGAUAGGGAGGCUGAGAUCACUGUGCAGGAUGAGGAGGGCUGGAGGGCGGCGCGGGCGCUAAUGUGGGAGAAGCCGGAGGCGAAGGUGAGGUUUGUGUUUGCGCUGAUUCCAGAUGCGUACAGGGAGACGAAGGUGGAGGAGAAGGAGGCUAGGGUGGAGAAGGUGUCGGAGAAGGAAGUGAAGGGGAAGGCAAAGAAGGCGAAGAAGGUCAAGUGUGUUGUCAUGUGAUGUAACCUUGGCUGCUAGCUGUCACGAUUGAUGUUUAAUGUCAAGAUGUGCCAUGACUUUGCUAAAGCCAUGCGGCUUUCUCGUUGAGACCGCGAGUAAUACUACCACUGCUCCUCAUCUACCCUCACUGCGCUUCCUCAGCCUCUGCCAAACAACACUUCGAUUCUUCGCCACCCCGAUCGAUCCCAGCGUCCUAAUCAAGCCUCCUCUUCUUUUCGCCUCCAGCACGAGCUUAAACCCUGCUUCAUCAGUGCAUCGUCCUGUCUUGCC